UAAAGCAUCCCUGUUUAAUCUCGCGUCGUUUCGUUUGUCGUCGUCCCAAGUUUUAUGCAAAAAAUACUAAAAUAUCGUUUAAAAUAACGCGAUAAAUUUACAGAAAUUGUGCCUAUAUUGUUAAACAUCCUACAAACUUACGGUUACGUAUAGUGCAUCAAAUAAAUUACAUGAAAUAACACGAAAAACGGGCUGGAAAAACACCGUCAAAGCACAUUUGCGGCUUUGGUGGUGGUUAAGUGUUAUUGUAUAUAGUCAUCAAAGUGUAUAACUAAAAAUUCGGCUGCAAACAAAAUUACGAAAGUUGGGAAUAUUGAAAAUUUUUGUUUAAAAUUACAUAAAAACUGAAUGCAACAUGACGUCGCCAUCGCCGGCGAAUAGUCCAAUGCCACCACCGCAGGUUCCAAGCCCCAUGGGACCACCACCUCAAAGUCCCGCACCUUCACCAUCUCCACAUAGCUACCCACAUCCAGGCCAACAAGGUCCCGGUGGUCCUCCAGUGUCUCAAGGGCCGUCUGGACCACCACAAGGUCCUCCGCAUGGACCGCCACAUAUGCAGGGACCUCCACCGGGAGCGGGUCAACAUGGACCUCCUCCACCUGGACAUCCCGGAGCACCAUAUGGACAUCCUAUGCAACAUCCACAUGGCCCUCCUCACGGAGCUCCUCAGCAUGGGCCCAUGUCUGCACAGCAACAUGGGGUUGUGCCCCAGCAUGGCCCACCGCCCCCGGGGCAUGGACCUCCGGUUGGUCAAGGCGUACCACCCCAAGGGCCACCCAUGAGUCACGGUCCUCCACCGCAUGGUGUUCCACCACAUGGAGUACCACAACAGCAACCAGGCGGUCAAGGAGGACCUCCACAUCUUAAUGGACCUCCAGGACAAGGUCCACCUGGACCUCAAGGGCAUCAUAUGCCCCCUCAUCAUCAGCCAAUGGGUCCCCAUAUGGGCAUGCAAAUGCCUCCACAAGGCCCAAAUAUGCCUCCCAUGGGUUUUCAAACACAUGGCAUACCGCCCAAUGGUCCUCCCACUGGGCCUGGUCAGGGUCCUCCCGGGCCACCCGAACGUGCGGGACAAGAAAAUCUACACGCCCUUCAGCGAGCCAUUGACACUAUGGAGGAAAAGGGGCUACAGGAAGAUCCUCGAUACACACAACUCUUAGCCAUAAGGGCCACAUCGAAACACCAACACUUGACCAGUAAUCAGAUUAAUAUGUUGAGGACGCAAAUCACCGCCUAUCGCUUGUUGGCACGCAAUAAGCCAAUAUCUUUGCAAAUGCAACAAGCAUUCCAGCAGGCAGCACAACAGCAGGCGGCUGCAGUUGCAGCUGCUCAACAACAACAGCAGCAACCACCCAAUACAAUACCAGGGCAUCCAGGAGUUCCGGGUCCGGCACCGUGUCCCACAGUGCCACAACAACCACCAGGCCAGGCUGGAACUCCACCACAAUGUUCCACACCACCUGCAUUACCUUAUGGUCAGCCGCCAAAUGUAGGCAAAAUGCAGCCACCACCACAUGUGCAACAACCAGGACAAAUGCCACCUGGUGGUAUGCAACCGCAGGCUCCACCAAAUGUGCAAGACAUGCAUCAAAUGCCGAAUGGAGGCAAACCCACUGGUCCACCCAUGAUGGGUGGUGGUCAACCACCCAUAUCCUCCCCCAUGCCAGCGACGAUGGCUGCCCAGGGUAUACGACCUCCAGGUCCGGCCGGUAUGCCUUCGCAAGGAGUCCCCAAACAUGGGGCUCCACCUCCGCAACAGCCCAUGCCCAAACCAAAUCGGAUCACCACCGUUGCCAAACCUCAAGGUUUAGACCCUAUAACAUUGCUGCAGGAGCGUGAGAAUCGUAUCGCUUCACGCAUAGCAUUGAGAAUGCAAGAGCUGCAAAGAUUGCCAGCCACAAUGCCAGAGGAUUUACGCCUGCAAGCCGCCAUUGAGUUGAGGGCUUUACGAGUUCUAAACUUCCAACGCCAGUUACGGACCGAAAUUGUACAAUGUACGCGCCGUGACACCACGCUGGAAACUGCGGUCAAUAUAAAGGCCUACAAGCGUACCAAACGCCAGGGCCUGCGCGAGGCUAGAGCUACGGAGAAAUUGGAAAAGCAACAGAAACUGGAGGCAGAACGCAAGCGACGUCAGAAGCAUCAGGAGUUCUUGGCUGCCGUUUUACAGCAUGGCAAAGACUUCAAGGAAUACCAUCGCAACAACAAGGCCCAAUUGGCCAGGAUCAAUAAGGCUAUAAUGAACUAUCAUGCCAAUGCUGAGAGGGAACAAAAGAAGGAGCAGGAACGCAUUGAAAAGGAACGUAUGCGUCGUUUAAUGGCCGAGGAUGAAGAGGGCUAUCGUAAAUUGAUUGAUCAAAAGAAAGAUAAACGUUUAGCCUUCUUGCUGUCGCAGACCGAUGAAUAUAUUAGCAACUUGACACAAAUGGUUAAGCAACACAAAGAUGAUCAAAUGAAGAAGAAAGAGGAGGAGCACAAACGCUUGUUGCUAUACAAAAAGGAACUAUUGAUGAGUGGAGAAUUCAUGAAUAUCGAUGAUAGUUGCAUAGCGGCUGACUUGCAUGUCACUGUGGUGGAAACGUCCACCGGUAAAAAACUUACUGGCGAAGAGGGCCCUCUGUUGAAAAACCUUUUAAAGUGGUUAGAACAGCAUCCUGGUUGGGAUUGGGCCGAGGACGACGACGAAGACAUCAAAGAAGAGGAGGAGGAUUCUAAGGAAAAGAUAAUGCAGGAAAAGGAGAAUGAGUCGAACUCUGGUGGCGAAAAGAAGGAGGAAGCCGAAAAUGAUCAAGACAAGCGUACGGAUGAAGAAGUGCAAGAAUUUAUUAAAAAAGUCAAAGUCGAAGAUGACGAAUAUCGCACAGAAGAGCAGACUUAUUACAGCAUUGCUCAUACCAUACACGAAAAGGUUACCGAACAGGCCAGUAUUUUGGUGAAUGGCAAACUGAAAGAGUAUCAGAUUAAAGGUCUCGAAUGGCUGGUCUCGUUGUAUAACAAUAACCUAAAUGGAAUUUUGGCCGAUGAAAUGGGUUUGGGAAAAACUAUACAGACAAUUUCUCUCGUCACCUAUCUAAUGGAUCGCAAAAAGGUAAUGGGGCCCUUCCUAAUUAUAGUCCCUCUCUCCACCUUGCCCAACUGGGUGUUGGAGUUUGAAAAAUGGGCUCCCUCUGUGGGUGUUGUUAGCUACAAAGGCUCGCCACAUGGCCGGCGAUUGUUGCAAAACCAAAUGCGAGCCACCAAAUUCAAUGUUCUGCUUACCACUUAUGAGUAUGUCAUUAAGGAUAAGGCUGUUCUGGCCAAGAUUCACUGGAAGUACAUGAUAAUUGAUGAGGGCCAUCGAAUGAAGAACCAUCACUGUAAAUUGACACAAGUGUUGAAUACCCAUUACAUUGCUCCCUACCGCUUACUGCUGACGGGUACUCCUUUGCAAAACAAAUUGCCCGAAUUAUGGGCUCUAUUGAAUUUCCUUCUUCCGUCUAUCUUCAAAUCGUGUUCCACUUUCGAGCAAUGGUUUAAUGCACCCUUUGCCACUACUGGUGAAAAGGUGGAGCUAAACGAAGAAGAAACCAUUUUGAUUAUUCGCCGUUUACACAAGGUGCUGCGGCCAUUCCUUUUGCGUCGUUUGAAAAAGGAGGUGGAGCAUCAGCUGCCCGAUAAGGUGGAAUACAUCAUCAAAUGUGACAUGUCCGGCUUGCAAAGGGUUCUCUACAAGCACAUGCAAAGCAAGGGCGUAUUGCUAACCGAUGGCUCUGAGAAAGGCAAGCAAGGCAAGGGUGGGGCCAAGGCGCUGAUGAACACCAUUGUACAGCUGCGUAAACUCUGCAACCACCCCUUCAUGUUCCAACACAUUGAGGAGAAGUUUAGUGACCACACUGGCGUGCAUGGGAUGGUAUCUGGGCCCGAUCUAUAUCGUGUUUCGGGCAAAUUUGAGCUUUUGGAUCGUAUCUUACCCAAGCUGAAGGCCACCAAUCACCGAGUGUUGCUCUUCUGUCAAAUGACCCAAUGCAUGACCAUAAUAGAGGAUUACCUUAGUUGGCGUCAAUUUGGAUACUUGCGCUUGGACGGUACCACCAAGGCCGAAGAUCGUGGUGAACUCUUGCGCAAGUUCAAUGCCAAGGACUCGGAUUACUUUGUUUUCCUUUUGUCCACACGUGCUGGUGGUUUGGGCUUGAAUUUGCAAACUGCUGACACUGUGGUGAUUUUCGAUUCAGAUUGGAAUCCUCAUCAAGAUCUGCAGGCUCAAGAUCGUGCCCAUCGUAUUGGUCAAAGAAAUGAAGUGCGUGUGCUGCGUCUGAUGACUGUGAACUCGGUGGAAGAACGUAUUUUGGCUGCCGCCCGCUACAAGCUGAACAUGGACGAGAAAGUUAUUCAGGCUGGCAUGUUCGAUCAAAAGUCAACGGGCAGUGAGCGACAACAAUUCUUGCAAACCAUUUUGCAUGCUGACGAUGCCGAUGAGGAGGAGGAAAAUGAAGUGCCGGAUGAUGAAAUGAUCAACAUGAUGAUAGGGCGCAGCGAAGAAGAAAUUGAGCUGUUCAAGAAAAUGGAUGUGGAGCGAAAAUUGGAAGAUGAACGCUUGCAUCCAGGACGAGAGCGUUUGAUAGAUGAAUCUGAGUUGCCGGAUUGGUUGACAAAGGACGAUGAUGAGGUGGAACGUUGGCACACCUAUGAUGAGGAUACCAUUUUGGGCCGUGGUUCGCGUCAGCGGAAAGAAGUGGAUUACACCGAUAGUCUUACCGAAAAAGAAUUACUGCGAGCCAUCGACGAUGGUGUAGAAUUCGAUGAGGAAGAUGAAGAGGAGGAGGCCAAGCGCAAGAGACGUAAACGAAAAAAUCGCAAAGAUGACUCAGAUGAUGAUUCCUUGCCAGGACAAUCGAUUAAACGUAGACGUCGCCAGAAUAUCGACAAAAAACUUAAAAAACAAAUGGCCAAAAUUAUGUCGGCUGUUAUUAAGUACACCCAUGAUGAUGGACGUAUACUCUCCGAACCCUUCAUGAAAUUGCCCUCGCGUCAACGUUUGCCAGACUACUAUGAUAUCAUUAAGAGGCCCGUUGACAUUAAGAAAAUCUUACAACGAAUUGAAGAUUGUAAAUAUGCCGAUUUGGAUGAUUUGCAAAAAGACUUUGUGCAAUUGUGUCAAAACGCCCAAAUUUAUAAUGAAGAAAAUUCCUUGAUCUAUUUAGACUCGAUCGAAAUGGAAAAGGUGUUUGUUAAUGCACGACAACGUAUAACCGCUGCUGCAGCAGCGCAAGCCUCUUCGGCCACCGGUGGCGAGAGUGGUGGUGGCGGUGGAGCCUCUGACAACUCUGAUAACGAGGAAGAGGAAACACAGGAUAAUAAUUCUGAUGAUGAAGAAAUAGCCACAACAUCAGCAGCGGCAGUCAAAAUGAAACUUAAGCUAAAUAAAACCGUAGCUAGUACACCAUCCACCCCCAGGCCAUCGACGCCGGUCGCACCGCCUGUUAGUGCUUCUACCAGCAAGAAACAAACUAGACGCAAGCGUUCACAAAAGAAAUACACCAUAUCGGAUGAUGAUGACGAUGAAAUGGAUUAACUACCACUUGGGGUGGUAUUUUCUUUACAGCAGCAACAACAGCAACAAAGUAUGGAAUGAUGAUGAAAUGAAUUGCUGCAGGAUUCUCCAUCAGUUUUUCAGCAGUAUGUAUCCAUCUCAUCGUUCUUAUAUUAACAAGAAGCAGCCUAUAGUUUUACAUUUUUUUACAUAUUUAUGUUGGCUUUCAUUACUCAGUACAACCACUCAUUCUUAAAUGUAUUCGAGGAAAUUCUUUUUAAUAUGUUCCACUUUUUUUCUGGCGAUUGUAAAAUUUUGUUUUAUUCCUAGGCUAAGUUCUUUUGCGGCUUUUAAGUAGUGUCUGUCUCAUUUCUUGUUCAAACCAUUUUUCCCUUUACUCUUGUCAUUACUAAUACAUAUUAGAGAACGACAUAUACAUAUAAAAUUAUACACACACGUACAUAAUUUCCAAGUCUAAAAUUAAAUUUCCAAAAUUGAAAAAUUCUUCAGAACUUCACAGAUCAAUAAUACCAUUUCUUAUUA